AUGGGCGACAAAUUCACUGGCGCUGCAGGCCCAGUGUUCGUCUUCCUCGCUGUAGUCUUGCUCACGCUGGGUGCCCUCUGUUUCUUCGUAGUAGUCCAACCAACGCUGGCCUGGCCGUGGUUGUCGACACCCGUCUGCGUCCUGCUCGCUGUCAAUACGUUCACGCACUACUACUAUGUGUGCACGAUCCCUCCAGGAUUCGUGAAUGACUCGCCUCACCCGCCACGCUCGGGCCUGUUGUGGGCGAAGAAGCGGGAGCCUUCGCGGCGUGCAGGCGUGCGCUGGACUGAGACCACAAUCACGAAAGCAAGUGUUACGCGGUGUGGGCGCUGCGGAGAGAUGAGGCCAGAGAGGUCUCACCAUUGCCGGAUCUGCAACCGCUGCGUGUUGAAAUAUGAUCACCAUUGCCCAUGUACGACCACGGAUACGGUGUAUAUGGUAAUAGCGUCAUUCUGCCUUGCUGCCUUGGGGUGGAGGCACGUCCUGUCAGCGCUCGGCUGGUAUGACGAGUAUUGGCCCUACCUCAUUCCGCCAACGAUCUUUCUCCUGCUCUACAUUCUGGCUACCGUGAUGUGCUUCGCUGUGUGUAUCAUGGCUGCUUGGCAUAUAUGGAGCAUUUCGUGUGGUGAGACCUCUGUCGAGUCCCAGGAUCACGAGCAGUACAGGAAGAUGGCGAGAGGGCGGGGCGAGGCGUUCGUCAACUCAUACGACCUAGGGCGGCGGAAGAACCUGGAGCUGUUCUUCAAUGUCGGCCAGGACGGCUACCCCCUAUACACGCUCAUACUCCCGCUGCGAGUAGAACCAUACACGGAUGGCUACUCAUGGGCGCGCAAGGCUGGAUACGAACGACACCGCGGCAUCAGACAGGGCGAAGAGCUGACGGACGAAGAUGACGAUGAAGACUGA